AUCGGGUCAACGCUCAAGACCAAAGAAGACAUUAGAAAUGCUCUUAACCUGCCCGUCUGGUCUUUGAAAGAACUCAUUAGCUCCAAUGAAAAGGAUAUGAAAAGUGUAGAAGUUUCCGCAAAAACGAUCAAUAAGGUGCUCAAAUUGUCAGCUUUCGACACUAACAUCACGGCCGAGCAGGAGAAGAGUCUAGUCUCGGCUUUGAGUGCCCAGAUGGUGUUUAUCAAGCAUCUAUAUGAAAACGAUGAAAAGUCUGAUUCAGUCGUAGAAGAAAACGAUACCCAUUUCAGACUCAUAGCUUCUGACCACAAUCCAGGAGAGCCACUUACAUUAAAGCAGCUUUUAGCUCAGAUAGAAGAAUUGCCUGAAAAGGUAGACCCUGCAAAGGGAGAGACCCAAGGUUCAUUCAACGUAGCAAAUAUGAAUCCUAGAAAUAGGCCGUUUGCCACUAUACGAUCCAAGCAGGGAUGA